AUGGCUUCCCAGAAGCCGUCCCUGGUGAUCGGCCAGGAGAACACCCUCGACCCUUUCGUCACCACCGGCGGUCCCACUGCUCCCACCAACCUCCGCUUCUCGGGCUUCGAUGGCGACUCCUUCGCCCUCGGCCCCGGCGCCUCGCCUACCUCGGCGAAACGCGCACUGGAGGCUCACCUGGCCGACACUGAGCGUCGCAUGGAGGAGGCCGGAAAGCUGGGAACCGCCCUUGUCCAGCAGCGCAAGGAGCUCACCGACCGCCUGAAGGAGGUGGAGCAGCUCGAGGCCGAGGACGAGCUGUCGCCGGAACUCAAGCUGAAGCUGACUGCCAUCGAGAAGGACUUCAACGAGGUCGCCAGGGAGAGCGCCCGGGCCUUCCUCCCCAAGCAUCGCGUCCCUAGCGGCGAGGCGAACCCGGGCACGCCCUUCACUCCCAGUAAGGAUGUGGUGAGGAGGUCUAUGAGCCCUUCAAAGUUCGACAACCACAAGUUCGAGAGCCUGGCCACCGGGUCCCCUAGCAAGUUCAGCGUUCCCAACCGCAAGGCGCGCAACCAGCCUGCCAACCGCAUCCACGACAUCGAGUUCGCCGCCGAGAUCAGCACCUCCCUCAUCACACAAGUUCGCAACCUGCAGGCCCUCCUGCAGGAGAGGGACGAGGAGGUCAAGGAUCUCAAGUCGGAAAAAUCAGGCCUCGAGGUCGAAGUCCAGGGCUUCCAGCAGCGCAUGAGGAAUCUGGACGAGAGCGAGAGCCGCUACAAGGACGAGAACUGGUCCCUCGAGACACAGAUCCAGGAGUUCAUUGCCGGACAAAAGGAGGCUGCAGAUCGGGAGAAGAAGCUGAGCCACGCCCUCAACGCUCUCCAGGCCGAUAAGAACGCGACCCAGCGCGAGCUCGACGAGAUCAGGGCCGCCCAUUCCAAGCUUGCCGAGGACCAUGCUGCCGCCGUCAAGCACCACGACAUCGAGCUCGGCACCGCCAAGCGCAACGCCAUCAUGGCCGAGGGCGAGCGCGCAGCCCUGCAGCGCAAGAUCGACGAGCUGACCAGCCAGAACCAGGAGCUCGCCAAGGCCAUCUCGGGCGAGAGGGGAAGGACCAGCCAGCGCAACUCUCCGUCCGGAAGCAGCGAGGACGACCUGGAGAAUGCCAGCGGCAACCUGACCCCUGAGCAUUCCCCGCCGCCAUCGCCCAUCAAGCCUACGCCCAGACACGCCAUGCUCGAGACCGAGACUCUAAAGACCUCCCUGCAACACGCCCAGCGCACAAUCCAGAGCCUCCGCACCAACGUUCAUAGGGAGAAGACCGAGAAGCUCGAGCUGAAGCGCAUGCUCCAGGAGUCCCGGGACGAGAUCGAGAAGCUGCGCAGCGACCCGGUCGAGCGGCCCCACCAGAAGCGUGCCCGUGAGGCCAAGUCUCGCGAGUUUAAGAAGCCUGCCAAGCUGGACAAGCUGGGCACCGCCCGUGCGAUCAAGGCCGAGAUCUUUGAGGACCCAGAAUGGGAGGAUGCCUCCGUCAGAGGUCCUCCCCUGAUGCUGGCCCGCAUGACCGGCCAGGCUGAUAUCCCCAUCCCCUCCACCGAGUCAGACGAAUUUGAGACUGCCAACGAGGCGCACGAGUCCACCGAUGCCUUUGAGACGGCCCACGAGCGUGGCGGUACCGAGACGGAGGAGGCCUUCCAGACGGGCGCUGAGGACUUGGACUCGGACGACACCGAGAUUGAGAGCCCGUCCAGGCGGGCUGGAGCGGCCAGGGCCAGCGGUGCUCUGAAGAAGGCCCCCAUCUUCGCAUCACCCGGCCCGGCGUACACGUACGAGAGCACGGCCUCGACGUCGGCAAGUGAGGACGAGGACUACACGGAUCCUACGAGGACACCCAACUCGCAGCCGAGAAGGGUGCGGAUGCGUGCCAACCACGGCCCCUCGUCCUCGUCGCGCCGUUUCUCCAGGCAGCUGAGUGAGGAGCCUGGCUUCCAGGGCAGCCCUGCCAGCAUGAUCAGCCAGACCAACCGCAGCUUCUCGAGCACACAGGGCCUGCCCCGACAGAGCCUUUUCGCCGAGCUUGGGGAGUUGGAGGGCAGUGAUGAAGACUCGACCGUCGGCACGCCUGGCCAGAGGAGCCUGCGCUCCGUCACCCCGGCUUCAACGGCAAGAGGCAUGACUGCUUCGCCACGAUCCGUCGUGCCGCCUGUGCCGGCGAUGCCCAAGAUCAUCAUGGUGGAUAGCGGUAUGAUGACCGAGCCUGUUGAUCCGCAAUCCGUCGCGGCAGCCGCUCUGUCUCCUCAGCGCCCAAUGUCUAUGGACUCGGUGGUGUUCAGUUCCAUGCGCGACGGGUCUCCAUCGGCCUCUCCCGACCGCGAUACAGGCGCCGAAUAUGCCGACUCUGAGACGGAAGAGAACCUCACCCAGCCCCUUUCGCCAUUCAAGUCGCCUACUGUCGUCGGUGGCAUGCCCACGCCAAUCCUCGCCCCGCCACAGCAGCUCACAGUAUCUGACGUCCACACACAAGAGGUGGAGCCUCAAGCAGAACCCGAGCCUGCGCCCGCUCUGCCUCCUCGGCUGGGUCUCUCGAGCGUGUUCUCCGAACAUGUCGAGCCAGUCGCUGAGGCAGAGGUGCCACCUCCUGCCCUCAGCAUGUCGCGCGUCGUAGCUGAAGGUAUUGACCCCGUGGCUGAGCCCGAGGUGCCACCUCCUCCGGCCCCGACACUGUCGGUCUCGUCACUUGUCGCGGAGCACGUCGAGCCGGUGGCAGAGCCCUUGCCUCCUCCUCCCACACUGGUGUUCUCCCAAGUCUCCUCGGCAGAGACGGAGCCUGUGGCCGAGCCUGAGCCCGAGCCUCGGGUUGUUACUGUUGUCGAGUACAGAGAGGCGCCUAAGCCACCUCCUGCAGAUCUGGCCUUGUCUCCGAUAUACUCUGCUGAGACGGAGCCUGUAUCCGAACCAGAGCCCGAGCCGAGAGUCGUUACUGUUGUCGAGUACAGGGAAGCACCUUUGCCACCUCCUGCGGUCCUCGACUUCUCCCCAAUUUCCUCUGCCGAGACGGAACCUGUGGCCGAGCCUGAGGCCGAGCCUCGUGUGGUGACUGUCGUCGAGUACAGAGACCAGCCCACGCCGCCUCCUGCGGAGCUGACCUUUACCACGAUCUCGUCGGCAGAGGUCGAGCCAGUGGCCGAGCCAGCGCCUGAGCCUCAGGUCGUCCGUGUCGUGGAGUAUGUGGAAGCCCCUCAACCGCCACCUGCAGAGCUGUCCUUGUCUGCAGUUUCUUCCACAGACGUGGAGCCAGUCGCUCAACCCGAGCCUGAACCACGCGUUGUACAUGUCGUGGAGUAUGUGGAAGCACCUCCGCCUCCGCCUGCACAGCUGUCGUACUCCGGUCUCAUUAGCGAGGGCAUUGAGCCGCGGGAGGUGCCGCAGCCCCUUUCUCCGACCCUGACGGUGUCCCCCAUCGUGGUGGAGGAUGUCGAGCCCAAGCCAGAAGCUGCGCCGCUCCCACCGCCCCUGUCUGUCUCCCAGGUCCUGUCGGAACAGGUCGAGCCUGUCAGCCCUGUGACACCUGUCUUGGAGAGGCAAAUACCGUCCCCUCUCAAUUUCUCCACCAUUCAGUCUCUGGAGACACAUCCCGAGGAGCCAGAAUCACCUGUCUUCAGCAAGCCAUUGCUCUCUGCACUCGGCCUGUCUGCCGUCGAGUCUCUUGCCACGGAUGCUACCUCGCCCGCAAGUCCAAAGAGAAAUGCAUUCAUCAUCCCACGGGACGAGGAAGAACGACCAGUCACCCCGACGAAAUGGGGCGUCUAUUCAUCGACCUCACCCCGGAAGGCCAAGGACGCCGAUGCCGUCGUCAUUGCUGAGGACGAGACAAGACAAUCUCUCAAUGCCUCUCCUUCGUCAGAGACGCCCGAGUCCCUCCAGCCGUUCAAGGAGAUCUCAGCCAAUGCCAGUGCCAAGCCUGCCCGCAAGAUGCCUGUCCAGACUUCUGACUCAGGCGCGCAGACGUCUCUCACAGCUGAAGCGAUCGACGAGAUGUUCCAGGUCAAGAACAGCCAGCCACAAUCUCCUGUGCUCUACAGGUCAGAUUCGUUGGCCAGCGCCGAUGGCAUGAGCAGUCCAGGCACCGUCCGUGUAGGCCGGUCGCACGAGAGCAUGGUUGGCGGUGCCCAUCGCUUCAAGGGCAGGAUGAUCGACAUGAGCGCCGAGACGGCUGCAGAGGCUGCUUUGCGCCGACCUGGCAGCGCCGCAAGCGCUCGUUCUCCGACCAAGAGUCUGCCCCCACUGCCGCCGAACCACAGGGAGGUCAUCGAGGCUGCAAGGACCGGCACUGCAAACAGUGGCCACGGAACGAUCGGCAGUAUGGGUCCGCCACUUUUCCCUGCUUCUGCGUAUAAGAAUGCCAUGAACAGACCCAGGACCCCCAUGUCGACCAGCUCUAGGCACGGCGACUCAGCGGCUCGCCCUGAGAGGCCAGGAACCGCAGAUGUCCACUCUCCUACCCGGCUGACUGCCAAGAGCCGCAAGUCCUCUGUGUCGUCCUUCGCUUCAGAGGUCGACCACAGGUUCAACAUGGCCGGUGGCAUGAUGGGCAUGCAAGGAUCUGGCUUCGGUCCUAAUACCGACCCGCGCAUGAUCCAGGCCAUCACGCAGACCAUGAUUGGUGAAUACCUGUGGAAGUACACUCGCAAGACAGGCCGUGGCGAGAUGUCAGAGAACAGGCACCGGCGUUACUUCUGGGUCCAUCCUUACACACGCACUCUGUACUGGAGUGAUCGCGAUCCAACCAAUGCCGGUCGCGCUGAGCUUCGUGCCAAGAGCGUGCCUAUCGAGGCCGUCCGUGUCGUCACGGACGACAACCCCAUGCCUCCUGGACUGCACCGGAAGAGUCUCGUUAUUAUCGCACCAGGUCGAAGCGUCAAGUUCACCUGUACCACGGGUCAACGACACGAGACCUGGUUCAACGCCCUGUCCUACCUGCUGCUCCGAACCGACGGCGAGGGCCAUGCAGACACGGAAGAGAUGGUGAACGGCAUCACCAGAGAGGACGUCGAGGAGUUCAAUCCAUCCCUUGACCGCCGCAACACAGCUGGAACUGGGGCACGUGGAGCCCCAUCUAUCUCAUCGUACAACUCUCGUGGGACUCGUCAGGAGGCCGUCUCCGUCAACCUCGACGUGCCAACCUUGACGCCGAACCACAAGAAGGCCGUCUCGACAAGCGGCGUACGACCGAGCCUUGCCGGGCGGCUCAGCGGAUACUGGAGGUCCACCCAGGACAGCUUGAGCCUGCGAGGUCGCAGUGGUUACAAGGACCAGCACAGCUUGUACUCGAACAAUGAGGUGCACGAUAGCGCCGAGGACCUCAGGGAGAUGUACGAGAAGCAAGAUAGGGAGUCGGAUCGCUUGGAGAACGUCAGGGCGUGCUGCGAUGGUAAGAGCCCUAAAAUCACACCCACUUCCUCCUUCUGA